GUCUUUUCAUUUACGAGCACCUGUGCAGACAGAGCAAGACUGUCUUCUUCACUAGGCACCUGCUUGCAAAGCCUCGAGCCCUCAGAUCCACACACCUGCGCAAGAAGCAGAGGGAAGAAGGAAGGACUGGCCAGAGAUCCCCAUCCACUCAGCGAGUCGGCCAUGUGGAGAGGCAUCUCUUUCCGGCACUCACUGCUGCUGCUGCUGCAGCUGUUACAACUCCUAGCUGUCAUUCAAGGGAAGACCGUGGUGCUGGGGAAAGAAGGAGAGACAGCGGAACUGCCCUGCGAGGGUUCCUCGAAGAAGAACGCAGUCUUCAACUGGAAGUUACCUGGCCAGAAGAAGAUUCUGGGACGGCAAAACAACAUAUUGGUUAAAGGUUUAUUUGGGGUGCAUGAUCGUUUUGAUUCCAGACAAAGUGCAUGGGACAAAGGAUCAUUUCCUCUCAUCAUCAGUAAGCUUAGGAUGGAAGAUUCUCGUACUUACAUCUGUGAGCUGGAGAACAAGAAGGAGGAGGUGGAGUUGUUGGUGUUCAAAGUGAUCAUCAGUCCGGGGACCAGCCUGUUGCAGGGGCAGAACCUGACCCUGACCUUGGAGAGCAAGACUGAGAACCGCUUGAUAGAGUGCAAACACAAAGGGGGUAAAAUUGUCAAGGGCUCCAAAGUUCUCUCCAUGUCCAACGUGAGGGCUCAGGACAGUGACUUCUGGAAUUGCACCGUGACCCUGAACCAGAAAAAGCACUCGUUCGGCAUGAGACUCUCAGUGCUGGGCUUUCAGAGUACAUCUUUCACGGCCUAUAAGAACGAGGGAGAGGCAGCGGAGUUCUCCUUCCCACUCAACAUUGGAGAGGAAAGCCUGCAGGGAGAGCUGAAGUGGAGGAAGGCAGAGAAUCCUUCUGUCUCCGAGUCCUGGAUCUCCUUCUCCAUAAAGAACAAAAAGGUGUCCGUGCCAAAGCCCCCCACCAACCCCAAGCUCCAGAUGGCAGAAAUGCUCCCGCUCAGCCUCAAGAUACCCCAGGUCUCCUUCCAGCUUGCUGGUUCUGGCAACUUAACUCUGACUCUGGACAAAGGGACACUGCAUCAGGAAGUGAACCUGGUGGUGAUGAGAGUGGCUCAGCUCCACAACAACACUUUGACCUGUAAGGUGGUGGGACCAACCUCCCCCGAGAUGAGGCUGACCCUCCUGAAGGAGGGGAGUCAGGAGGCUACGGUCUUCAGGAAGGAGAAAGAGGUUCAAGUGAUGGCCCCUGAUGCAGGAAUGUGGCAUUGUCAACUGCAUGAAGGUGACAAGGUCAAGAUAGACUCCAGGAUCCAGGUCUCAUCCAGAGGGUUGGACCAGACGGUGUUCCUGGCUGUUGUGCUGGGAGGCGCCUUCGGCUUUCUGGCUCUCAUCGGGCUCUGUAUCCUCUGCUGUGUCCGGUGCCGGCACCAACAGCUGCCCCCCCUCCCCCCUCCGAGGGGCACCUCCCUCCUGGAGGACUGGGACCCUCACAACUACUCUCCUUGUCCCUGGGCAGCGCCAGGCAGCACGGAUGUCUCAGAUCAAGCGACUCCUCAGUGAGAAGAAGACCUGCCAGUGUCCCCACCGGAUGCAGAAGGGCCCUAAUCUCAUCUGACGCCGAGGCCCCACCUGCAGCCUACCACCUGGGUCCUGACUGAGGCCUGUGGAGCAGACCCCCAGCCGUUGUCUGCUCUUCUCUUCCACAACCGGCCAUGGCCUCUCUCCCUCUGUCCCCAAGCCCGUCCGUCCAUCCACAGAGCUUGCUCUCUGCGGCUCAGACACUUAAGGAUGCCCAACCAGCUUCUUUAUCCUUUGCAGCUGCCCUUAUGCCAGAGCCUCGGCCCUUCUCUGACUAAGGGCCUGGCACCUCUUUCCAGCCGUCUGCUUGGAUCGAAGGGCAGUGCCCAGCACCUGGCACGGAGGGUGGGACUGGUGUCUGGAAAUGCACAGCACUGUUUACAAGAGGGCUCUGGGACCAGGCUGAGCUGAGGGUGGGGGGAGGGGCUAGCGCACGACACACGGCCUUCGGGGGCAGAUGCGGACUGGAAAGACUGCCGGAGGAAGUCAGCCUGAGCGACCCAUGCUGCUUGAUUCUCCUUUGAGGUGGCAGGACCAGACUCAAGUUCUGACCAGUGCACCAACACAUAUCCAGGCCACACACACAACACCCCCACCACCACCACACACAGCCACACACCUGUCCAUAUAUCCAAACAUGCAACAAGAUGGCUCAGAGGUAAAACGCUCUUGCUGCCAAGCCUGAGAACCCGAGUUUAAUUCUUGAGAGUGGAAGGAGGAGAAUGAGCUCUUGAAAGUUGUCCCCUGUGUAUCGUGACCCUCAUGUGUACACAACACACGCACGCAUGCACACACGCUGAAAUCCUGCAAGCUGACAGUGAUGACCAAGAUGACAAGAGAUAACCAAUCUUCCCUAGUAAAAUGGAACUUGGGUUGAAAAACUACCCGAGGUUACACAGCUAACAAGUGCUGAUGUCGGACCGACCCAGGGCUCCUGAUCCCUCCCUGGAGCCACUACAUGUAACACAGGGACGAAUACCUCACAGACCUUUGGAGCCAGUUCCAGGCACUCACACACGCACCACACACACAUACACCCCCGCCAGAGAUCAUGAAAGGAUGGAAGAGUGCUUCUUGUUUCAAAUCCCUCCUUGACCACGGCUGUUCCCUUACACACACACCCCAGUCCUUUACCAAAGGGCAAAACCCUAGUUGUCUUAGAGCGAGACCUGCCGCGGUGUGUGCAGACCCUGGGAAGUGGGUAAUGCUGGGUCCUUUGUGGAGAGCCUUGUGGCAUGGGGCUGUGACCUCCAUCCGGGGAGAUCAGGGCUUUAAGGACUCUGCCUGACAGUCUUGAUCUGUUUCUCUCAGAUUCUCUGCCUCUUUGGCUUGCCAGCUUUAGCACCUCCUUUCCCUUUCUUCCUCUUUUCUUCCUGGCUGGCCUCUUCUAGAAGCAUCCCCUCCCCACUUCCCCCCUGCUACCCCCCUCCGUGGUUCACUGCUUAUUUUUGCCCACUCCCCACUCUUCCUUCCUGAGCUGACAGAAAAAUAAAGCUAUAAAUAAAAUA